UUCUAUAAUAUUCUCGGCCUGGAUAGAUCGGCAGGUGCUAAGGAAAUUCGUCAGGCUUACCGAAAGCUUGCUAUUCUUGCCCACCCCGAUAGAAACCAGCACAAUGUCGAAGAAGCAACUGCAAAGUUUCAAAUCUUGCAAAAAGCAUACGAAGUUUUGUCAGACCCCAGCAAGAAGAGCUUGUAUGAUAUUUCUGGUGAGACCGGA